AUGACUGUCAUCGACACCAACUCGGUUGCUGGGCUAGAUGGUGCCGUCUUCGAUUUUAUCAUUGUGGGAGGUGGCACGUCUGGCUUAGUUGUCGCCAACCGAUUGACAGAGGAUCCUAACACUCGCGUGCUUGUCCUGGAAGCAGGAACAAACCGUUUGACAGACCCGCGCAUCUUGGUGCUGGGACUGGCGCCUACGACGUACGGAGAUCCGGAUCUCGACUGGGACUUUCGAUCCAUCCCUCAGGAACAACUCAAUGGUCGUCAACUACUCGCAACCAAAGGCCGUACCCUGGGAGGAUCCUCCGCGAUCAACCUCGGAUUGAUCAUCUACCCAUCGCGAUCGGGGAUGAAUGCAUGGGAAGCGCUCGGAAAUCCGGGCUGGGGAUGGGAAGGUAUUGAACCGUACCUGCGCAAAUUCCACCAGGCCAGUCCGCCGUCUGCCGCAGUUCGUGAGUUUUUCAAUGGGAUGAAAUAUGACCAGAAAGAUCAGGGAAGUACUGGGCCAGUUCAGGUGUCUUUCGGAGAUCAAUACAUGCCGUUCCACGGAGCGUGGCUGGAGACUUUCAAGAACCUGGAAUAUCCGCAGGUAGAAGAUCCCAUUCGAGGCGCAGGAACAGGACCGUUUGUCAGCCCUGGUGCGGUGGAUCCUGUCACCCACACACGCAGCCAUGCGGGGUCAGCUUAUUUCGGCGCAGAUGUACAGCGUCGUCCGAACCUGCGAGUGGUGACGGGCGCGCUGGUGGAGAGGAUUGUUCUGGAAGUCCGCCAGGCUUCUGUUGUCGCCACCGGGGUGCAGUUCUGCAAGGGGGAACAAACGUACACGGUUCCUGUGACGAAGGAGGUUAUCCUCGCGGCGGGAGCAACGCAGACUCCACAGAUCCUGGAGCUCUCGGGCAUUGGCAGCGCAGAUCUCCUCCGCUCGCAUGGCAUCAUUCCAAUCAUUGAUAAUCCAAAUGUUGGGGAGAACCUGCAAGAUCAUGGAUUUGUAUGUUUUGGGUACGAAGUAGCAGACGGGACGCCCUCGGGCGACAUGGCGAGAGACCCAGCAGUGGCUGCGGCUGCCAUGGAAGCGUAUAAGAAAGACGGCUCCGGACCAUUGGGCAUGGUCCCAUUGGUGUCGGCAUUCAUGCCUUGCAUGAACCUCUCCACAGCAGAACGUCAGCAGUUGCUCGCGACAAUCGAUGCGUCGAUCGCCUCUGGUGGUCUGCCGUGCGCGCAGCAGAAGCAGUACCCGAUUCUUCGCAAGCUGCUGGAGGACCCCGAUGAACCCACAGCGCAGUACAUCCUGGCCCCAUUCCAGAUUCUGCCCCGCGAGGGCAAGGGCCUCUUUUCAAUGAGUCAUCCAGGGUGCUUCAUCACUCUUGUCUCCGCACUGAGCUAUCCGUUUUCUCGCGGUUCUGUGCACCUCCAAUCCGCAGACAUCAGAGCGGCCCCGGUCAUCGACCAUGGCAUUCUGCGUCACCCCGCAGACCUCGAGCUCCACGCACGUCACAGUAUUUGGACCGAGACAUUAGCCGAAACCGAGCCAAUGGCAUCGCUACUUAAGAAGAAUGGAGUGCGACUGCACACACCUGAGCGACUGACCGACGUGGAGAUGGCCCAGGAACUGUGUAAGGAGCUCAUAGUGUCUGAGUACCACCUCAGUGGGUCAUGUGCGAUGAUGCCACGCGAGGACGGCGGAGUAGUGGACUCGAAGCUUAAAGUAUAUGGGACGGCGAAUGUGCGGGUGGUGGAUGCCAGUGUGUUUCCACUGGAGCCCCGGGGGAAUAUCCAGGCCACGGUGUUUGCGGUGGCGGAGAAGGCGGCGGAUAUCAUCAAGCAGGACUCACUCUAA